GACAAUCGUCGUACAAAUACAAGUAAAUUUAUAAUUACAAUAUACUUAUAAAUACAUUUAAAUAUUCCCUUAUUUACAUUAUGCAUUUAAACACGGUAAAAUGCAUUUAUGAUCCCUGCAAGUGUUUAUCACGCUUAAUGUAUUGAAAAAUAUAUUCGAUAAAUAUUUUUGUCAAUACAUCGACAUUUCGAUAGCUCGAAUGUACACCUCUGCUUGCUUAAGUUUCAAGCAAAAGUUGACGUGCAAAUGUAAUCGCUAGACUUUGACAUUUUGCAUAAGCAAAUUCUUAAGUGCACCGUUUAAAAUGGCCCAUAAAAUCGAAAACGAAUUUUAUUUCAAAUUAAUAAGUGCAGUACGCGAACAUCCGUGCCUGUUUGAGAAAAAUCAUCCCCAUUAUUACAACAGAAAUAAACGUAAUGCAGCCUGGCAAGAAGUAUCUGCAGCCAGCGAUCGGUCAGGAAGUGACUGCAAAGCCCGUUGGAAGUUAUUACGUGAAAGGUUCUGUAAGCAAAUGAAGAGAACUGAUGGUUACUUCUCAAUGAGUACUGAUCCUACUGAUACACAUGAAUGGGAAUACUAUAACGAAAUGCUGUUUCUAAAGGAAUCAAUAAUACCGCGACGUUCAUACAAAGACAAGGAUAUUAUGACCAGUUUAGAUGAGCCAACAAUUAAUGAAGUCUUUGUCAAUGCCAAUACCAUAACUGAAGAUGAAACCUGCUCGUCAAAUUCAAAUUUAUCAAAGUGCACUAAGCCUUCUGUUGAAAGCCACAAGACGACGACGUUCGAUUUAGCGCCACUAAAAAUCGAACGUAUAAUGGACGUGAAUUUACGGCAUUAUCAUAAUUCAGAGAAACCGGAAAGCAAAAAUGCAACAGUUAAAUGUAAUACACCAGUGGGCGGGGAGACAGACAUUUCGAUUGAAGAAUUAUUUGUAAAGAAUAUAGCGAAUUUAAUACGCGAUCUGCCGAUAGAAGUGAAGGACCGCUUCCAGGCAGACAUGUAUGCCGAGGUGUUUCGUUUGCGUGCGCAGUACCGCAACUUUUAGAAUAAGAUAUUUUAAUGCUGAAUUUUAAGUCGCGAUCUCUUAUUUACUAUUCAUGCGUAUGUACAUAAGAGAUUUUGUCUAAUACAGACAUUGUACAUACACAUUAUUAUUUAAGCUAUUUAGGUUAGCAAGUUGUUGCAAAUGUACCGUUGUAACAGCAAACAAAAAAACAAAACUCCCUCGUAGGUCGGUAAUAUACCAAAAUAAGA